AUGUGGGAGCGCAGGGAGCAGCAGCCGCUGCUGAACCGGGAGGCCGCGCUGGCCCUAGGCCGCACCGGGACCGGGACCCGGGCGGCGGAACCGGGCUGGCGACACGCCUGCCACGUCCUGCUCUACGCCCCGCUACCCGCCGGCUCCCCUCCGCCGGGCUACGCCGUUCUAAUGCAGCUGCGGUUCGACGGGCGGUUCGGAUUCCCGGGAGGUCUGGUGGAACCCGGCGGGGAAUCACUGGAAGCAGGGCUGCACCGGGAGCUGCUGGAAGAACUAGGCCCGGCGGCGAGCGGGUUACGGUUACAGCCCCGCCAUCACCGCGGCGCUAGGGUUUGGCCGCUAGGCCGUACCGGAAGCGGAAGUGACGCCGGCCUCGUGACGCAUUUCUACAUCCGGCGGUUACGGUUGGAAGAACUGGCGGCCAUCGAGAGGGGAGGCCCGACCGCACCGGAGCACGGCCUGGAGGUGCAGGGGCUGGUGCGGGUGCCCCUGGGCGGGGGGCUCCCCGCUUUCCUGCAGCACCGUUUCGCCGGGGACGCCCGGGAGCAGCUCUUGGGGGCCCUCCCCACCCUCGGUAUACGGGCCCCCCCCACACCAAACAACGAGGAUCCCCCAAACACGGAGCCCCUCACCCCAAAACAGGGGAAGGAAUGACCGGAUGGAAUAAAAGCACCCCAAAAUGCACACACACACCCUUCCU